GUCCACUCCAGUUCCCCCACGGCCCCACCUCCACCUCCCCUCCGCCGAGCUCCCACCACCGCUGCCCCAAUGCGGCCGCCGCGAAAACCCCGCCGCCGCGACGCGGCGUCGCUGCAGCCUGCCGGGGUGUUUAACCUCGGCGACCUCGUGGAGGUGCUCCCUGACGAGCCCGGCCUGCGCGGUGCCCACUUCGCGGCAGUCGUCGUGGGGCCCAGCUCCAAGCCCCGGGGCUACACCAUCGAGUACGACGCCCUCCUCGAGUCCGAGGGCUCCGACCGCAAGCUCCGGGAGACCGUGCCGGCUCGAAGCCUCCGCCCGCGCCCGCCACCGCUCCGGGCGCCCGCCUCGGGGGAGGCGCCCGCGGUGCACGCCGCCGUCGACGCGCUCCUGGACGACGCCUGGUGGCUCGGGGUCGCCCUCGGCGGCGCGGACGGGGCCGGGAAGGUGAAGGUGUGCUUCCCGGAGACCAGGGAGGUCAUGGAGUUCGACGCGGCCGACGUCCGCCCCCACCUCGAGUGGGCCGACGGCGAGUGGUGCUCCCCCGAUAGCAUGGAGAUACCCAGGACAAUGCCAUACACAAAAGGAAUGCAAAUAGAAGUUUCCAAAGUGGAAGAUGAUUCUGUUGUUGCUUGGUUACCUGCAGUUGUGGCAAAGACUAUCUGGAAGAACAACCUCUUAGUGGAAUACACUGUUUCGAAGAGUGAUGGUAUUGCCUUGUCUGAGGAGAUUGUUGAUGUGAAGCAUGUCAGGCCUUGCCCACCACAAGCAUCAGCUAUUAGUUUCUGCAUCAAUGAUGAGGUUGAAGCAUUCCAAGGCGGUGGCUGGUGGCUAGGUGUGAUUACUGAGGUUCAUCCAGAAUUAAAAUACACAAUUAAGCCGGCACAUCUAGGGGUGGAAGUUCAGAUGAGCCAGAAAUUACUGAGGCUUCGAUAUGACUGGGUUGAUGGUCAAUGGAAACAAGAAUCACAGAAUGCACUCAAACCAAAAUUUACACUUGGAGUCAAGGUUGAAGUCAGCAGCGAUGAUGAAGGUUUUCGUGGUGCUUGGUUUGAGGCAACUGUUCUUAAAUCUGCUGGCAGCAAGUUUCUGGUGGAAUAUGCUACACUGAAGGCCAAUGACGAGACCAAACCUUUGACAGAAGCUGUAGACGCGCGGCACAUUAGACCUUCCCCUCCAUGUAUCCCUGUUGUCGACGGAUUCAAGUUACUUGACGAGGUUGAUGCCUUCUGCAACGAUGGAUGGUGGGUUGGUGUGGUAUCCAAGGUUAUCAGCAACCAGAAGUACAUGGUCUACUUCAGGCCUUGGAAGGAAGAGAUGGAAUUCGAGCAUGGACAGCUGAGGUUUCACUGCGACUGGAUGGGUGGAAGGUGGAUGCGGGCCUCCCCGGCACUGGAGAUGUGAAGGCUGAAGAACUGGGCGCACACUUUUGUAUAGGACCUUGGGGGUAACAGUAGCACCCAAAAGAAUGGCCUUACUGACUUAUCACGCCCUUGUCCUCUCCGCACUGAAGUUCCCUCGUGUCAUAUGCAUGGCAAAGGUCAGCAAAUUGGGUGAUGAUCAUUGUGCACUUGCUGCAAGUUGCAACUCCAUCAGAUCAGGUGUGCAUCUGAAUGCUUGGCAAUGGUAGAUCCUUGUCAGUCUUGUACUCUUCCGGUAGGCGCAUUCUGCUAGUGUUGAUGGUGAAGAACUGGCCAUCUGGAAUCUGCAGUGCUAAUGUUAGAGAGUUGAGUGACCACGAUCGCUCUAGUAUCUUGUUCCCUGCCAUGUUUGCAGUAGCUUGGUUGAGCAUCCAUGAAGAAUUAUUUCCCCCCCAAGAAGCUUGGGCAUCCAUGGGACAUCAAUCUUUUUUUCAAAUAGAAAUAGACUCGGAACGAACACGAAGCCCGCGUACGUUCACUGUUUAGCGUUUAUUUCAUCCUCUGCCACUGCCAGGUCUCAUGCUGCAAUUUAAGAAGCCUCCCUGAUUGAA